CCUCACAGCCCUAUUCCUCACCACCAUCCUUCAUGACAGCGUCUCUAGAGGAUCAGCAAACUUUGAAAGAUGAGAUAGCUGAUCUCGAGAGGCGGUUACAAGAUGCAAAAUCACGAUUGAGUCAGAAUGAACUUGUCGGUACGCCAUCGCUACCGUCAACCGAUACCGGUUUUCAUGCUCUACUGCUCCUCUCAGACUCUGCGCUGCCUUUAGGAUCCUUCGCAUUCAGCAGCGGCUUGGAGUCCUAUCUUGCGCACCAUAAGUUGGCCGCCUCCUCGAUUUCGCAGUUUACGUCCUUCAAGACCUUCCUUCGACUCUCGCUAGCCACACUUGCCAGCACAGCUCUUCCCUAUGUUCUAGCCGGGUAUCGACACCCAGAAGACAUCGAAACCCUAGACAAUGACUUUGAUGCGAGUACACCGUGCACUGUUGCGCGAAGGGCAAGCAUAGCACAAGGCCGAGCGUUACUCACUGUCUGGGAUCGCAGUUUCAAGGCACAAUAUACUACGUCGCACUCUGAGUCUGAAGGACAAAUCACAUCGGCAGAUGAGUCCAAAAAGAUUGCAAUAGAGGCUUUGAAGUCCUUCUCAGCCGCUCUGCGCAAGUUUGACUAUAUCAAUGCACACCUGGCACCACUCUGGGGGUUAAUCACAAGGGUAUUGUCGGUCCCCCUUCGCGAUGCAGCGUACCUCUUCCUGUUUUCGCAUGCGCGCACUGUGAUAAGUGCUGCAGUCCGUGCAAGCGUUAUGGGUCCUUAUCAGGCUCAAAACGUGCUAGCGAGCUCGGAACUGCAAGACAGGAUCAGAGGGCUCAUCGAGGAAGGGUGGGAUAGGAAUGUCGAGGACGCAGGGCAAACUGUGCCGGUUAUGGAUCUGUGGGUGGGAAGACAUGAGAAACUCUACAGUAGGAUCUUCAAUUCUUGAGACAGGGUCGACGGUCAAAGUACGAGUAUGUAGGGGAAUGUCGUGUAGGGGAAUGUCGAAAUCGUUUAGUGCAAAGAGCCCGAUGGACUUAUCUAAGAACCAGAAGCGGAAACUUGCUGACGAUGAUCUUCUCAACGCCUGCAUAUUUAUGGUUAUGUAUUGGGCGAAACAUAUGAAAUGCAGUUCUUAUGCCUU